AAACAUUUGAAUUUAGGUGUACUUAUCACAAUCGCAGUUGAUGCAUUUACACAAAACAGUAUGGAUUUUAAAAAGUUUUGAAUGGAAUGACUAGUGAAACUAUGCGACCACAUUCUCCCAGAUAACAAAGACUUGCAGACAUUAUUCCGAAAAUAAAGCAGCUUCCGAAAGUAAGGGAAAAUCAAACACUAUGGCUGGCACUGCCGCAAGCAUGCAAAGUGAAACCAAAGUCCGGAAGGUGAAGGCCCCUGACGGUGGAGGAGGCUGGAUCGUUGUAUUUGCUGUGCUCGCUUUUAAUAUCAUUUUCGACGGAUGCUGUUACUCAUUUGGAAUCCUCUAUAUAAAAAUUCUAGAAGAGUUUAAUGAAACAAAAAGUAAUACAGCAUGGACAGGUUCCUUAUUUUUCUCUACGCCAUUAUUACUCGCACCAAUAGCAGGGAUAAUAACAAGAAAAAUCGGUUCUCGUUUGGCAACGAUGUUGGGAGGACUGAUUGCCACAGUUGGGUUUGCAAUUGGAUCACUAUCUAAUUCCCUAGCCAUGCUUAUGGUAUUCUAUGGAUUAGUAGGUGGCAUUGGCAUGUCAUUGCCUUACUUUAACUCCAUCAAGAUUGUGACAGAUUAUUUCGAUAAAAGGCUCGCUCUUGCAUCUGGAAUUGCCGAGUGUGGUGCUGGACUCGGAACAAUCAUAUUUGGUCCUUUAACAGAAUACCUCGUUUCAACGUAUGAAUGGAGGGGUGCUCUCUUUAUUAUAAGUGGGAUAGUUUCAAAUAUUAUUGUCUGUGGUGCUUUGUUUUGUCCGGUAAAACGAAAUAAAAACAAAACUUGCAAUAAAAACUGUACUUCACAUUAUUUGCCAUGUAGUUGCUGCUUCAAGUCACGAUAUUCAAUGGAUGUAUCGGAACAUUCAGUCUCGCAUGUACCAGAUGGUUGCGAAACCACACCAGAAACGGAAGUGCGAUGUAUAUACGUAUCUCAACUGAAAAACAUACAAUUUUUAAUGUUUGCCAUUUCAAAUUUUGUCAUGUACUUUUGGAACCACAUUCCUUACAUUUUCAUAGUUUCAAACGCUGUUGACAUUGGGAUAAGUUUGCAAAAGGCGUCAUACUUUUUAUCAAUUAUUGGAUUCGUCCAUAUGUUUGGUAUUAUUGGCUAUGGCGUCCUUUGCAACCGGAAGUGCGUUAACCGUAUGGUGGUUUAUGGGAUAUCUAACGGUAUGUGCGGUGUGUCUAUUUUACUAGUUCCCGUAUUUCAGGAAUACGUUCCUUUUGCAAUUUUGUCGGGGUGUUUUGGAUUAUUUUCAGCCGCCACGGAAGCAUUGCUGUCAUGUGUUUUGAUUGAUAUUGUUGGGAAGAAAGCGUUUGACAAUUUCUUUUGUGGGCUUAUUCUCUUCACGGAAGGUGUCGCAGAUCUGCUCGGGACACCAUUUGCCGGUUUCUUAGUUGACAAUACGAGAUCAUACGACACUACAUUUUACGUGGCAGGAGGUUGUGUUACAGCGACUGGUUUUUUAUACUUGAUACUUUCUAGAAACAGGACAGAACAUACCGAUUGUGAAGUAACAGUCCAAUCUUAGCAUCGACCUUACAAGAGGCGGAACAGCGUCUAGAAACCGGACUGAUUAUACUUAUUGUGAAGUAACAGUCCAGUCUUAGCAUCGACCUUACAAGAGGCGGAACAGCGUCGUCUUUUGAAGUACUUUCUCUAUUAAUUUUCUGUAUGUAAAAUUGUAUAGCGUGUAUAUUAGUCCAUUAUAGGUAAGAAAGACAAUAAAUUCACAGUUUGCAAUUAAUUACUAAGAAGUAAAAUUAAUAGACGUUCUUAAUACAUUUGUUGAAUGUUUUGUUUUAGAUAAUGUAUGAUUAAUAAACGAAUUGAUCGAUAUGUUGAUAUUGAUUGUUCAGAUAAGCCUUUUGAUGAACAAGAAAUAAGCAAAACAAUAUCUUCUUUGAAUAGAAAUAAAUCUCAAGGGUA